UACCCAAGUCGACGAUCCAACACAUUUGCAGCCAACCCUUCAUGCAACUGCAACUGGAAGCAGAACCCUCGAUCUUCCAUUUGGAGAUCUCCAUUCCGUCCUUGGUCUGCGCCUUGUCGGUCUUUAUCGACAAACGAAAGGAAAAGAGACGAGAACUGAAGGUAAAAAGGCAACAGCCAGAAAGAGAGACGAUUCUCAAUGCUAUUGCGGUGGAGAGGAGCAGUGCUUUUCCUAGCAACCUAUUGAUGGGUCUUCGCUUGACGCCUCACCUCCUCUUCCUUCUCGUCAUCAGUCUCUCGUCUCCUUCGCACCAACUCCAGGACCCUGCCCUCAUCGACCGGAUAGUGAGAGACUCAGCCUUCCGGUCCUAUCUCACCGACCACCGCAAGACGGCCGUCGUCUACAAUGUCUCACUCCCUCCCAGCGUCUCCGGGGCGACCGUGGAGACUGUGCGGUAUCGGACUAGUAGCUUGAGGCGUCACGGCGCCUCGGUCAAUGAGUUCCAUGUCGCGCCAGGCGUCGUCGUUCAUCCCCACUCUAAGAGGCUCAUCCUGGUGAUUCAGAACCUGGGCAACCUCUCUUCCGUGUACGGCAGCUACAGGAACAUAUCGAGGUUUCAACUGGUCUCUCCGGUGCUGGGCCUUCUAUUCUACAGAGCAGCGAGCAUUCGCAAUUCUUCGAUUCCACCUGAGCUGGAGAUCUUGGUGACGAAGAGACCCAUCACAGUAGAUUUUUCGGGAUUGGGGCAGAGCACCAAGGGACAGCGAGUGCUCUGCGCGCUGUUCGAGUUGGACGGCAAACUGAGCCUAUCGAACGUGACCCGCAGCAAUGCAUGUAGUGCUCGAAGUCAGGGCCACUUUGCCCUGGUAGUCGAGACCAUUGACAAUGCCGGUGGUGGAGAGGAGAUGAAGCUGAGCGGAUGGAAGGUAGUCGUGGUCAGCGUUGCUGCGGGUGCCUUCAGCGCAGUGCUCUUAGGACUAAUCGUGGUGGCCAUGGUGACGGCGAAGUGGAAGAGGUUGCGGACUGCGGAGAUGGAGAGAAGAGCGUACGAGGAGGAGGCACUGCAGAUCUCCAUGGUGGGUCACGUCAGGGCACCUACAGCGGCGAUGGUUCGGACCACCCCACGUCUGGAGAACGAAGAUGCGCCAUCUUGGUGACAUGAGUCUGAUUUAUUGUAGGAAUCUCUUAGCUCAGCUCGCAUUCCAUUCAUUCGAUUCCAUAAUCGUCACCCACAAUCUUUUCUUCUUCAUCAUCAUCUUUGAUUUUCUGAUAACAUUGUCAAGAAUAGCUAACACGCGGAUCAAGAAACUAGCAGUGUGAUUUUAUGGGUUAACAGUGCAAAAUGUCACUCUAGAAUAAGAGAGAAGAAAGAAGAGAUAACAAUGUACACAUGUAAGAUGAACUACGGCUAGAGAACCCAAGUAAAUGGAAAUUUCAGAACAGGAACUGAAAUUUGAUGAGCCGUGUAAAAUUCAGAGGUUCACAGAAGAAAGA